CCCUCUCCAUCCCCACAGAGCAGGGCCUUAGGCCCAUGGCAAAAGUGCUGGGCCACAGCCAGGCCACCCCCAGAGGGGCACAGGCAAGAGGCACCCGACCCCUGGUGGUGGCAGCAGGCGCAGGAGGGCAGCACGCCGCUGGGGUGUGCGUGGGUGGCAGCAAGGAGGGGCAGAGGGAGGAAGCUGGCUUCCUGAAGCCUCCUCAGCCCUCAAAGAGAGACCAACAGACAGACAGACAGCUGGUAAGAGGCAGCCUGGGGGACACAGCUGCUUCAGCAAACCUCAUGGCUGAGUGAGCCUCCCCUGGGCCCUGCACCCCACCCCAGCAUGGUCCAAGACCGUGGGGGGUGCUCCAGAGCACAGCUGCCGACCUGGUCUUUGGGGGCAGCCAUGACCCAGCCUCCACCCACCAAGGCACCGGCCAAGAAGCAUGUGCGGCUGCAGGAGAGGCGGGGCUCCAAUGUUGCUUUGAUGCUGGAUGUGCGGUCCCUGGGGGCUGUGGAACCCAUUUGCUCGGUGAACACACCCCGGGAGGUCACCCUACACUUUCUGCGCACAGCUGGACACCCCCUCACCCGCUGGGCCCUGCAGCACCAGCCACCCAGCCCCAAGCAGCUGGAAGAGGAAUUCUUGAUCCCCUCGAACUUUGUCAACCCCGAAGACCUGGAUAUUCCUGGCCACGCCUCCAAGGACCGAUAUAAGACCAUCUUGCCAAAUCCCCAGAGCCGCGUCUGUCUAGGCCGGGCACAGAGCCAAGAAGACGGAGACUACAUCAACGCCAACUACAUCCGAGGCUACGAUGGGCAGCAGAAGGUCUACAUUGCGACCCAGGGCCCCAUGCCCAACACUGUGUCGGACUUCUGGGAGAUGGUGUGGCAGGAAGAAGUGUCACUAAUUGUCAUGCUCACUCAGCUCCGAGAGGGCAAGGAGAAAUGUGUCCACUACUGGCCCACAGAAGAGGAAACCUACGGACCCUUCCGGCUCCGCAUCCAAGACACAAAAGAGUGUCCAGAGUACACUGUGCGGCAGCUCACCAUCCAGCACCAGGAGGAGUGCCGGGGAGUGAAGCAUGUCCUCUUCUCCGCCUGGCCUGACCACCAGACCCCAGAAUCGGCUGGGCCCCUGCUGCGCCUGGUGGCCGAGGUGGAGGAGAGCCCAGAGACAGCUGCCAACACUGGGCCCAUCGUGGUCCACUGCAGUGCAGGGAUUGGCCGGACUGGCUGCUUCAUCGCCACCCGAAUUGGCUGUCAACAGCUGAAGGCCCGCGGGGAAGUGGACAUUCUGGGCAUCGUGUGCCAACUGCGGCUGGACAGGGGCGGAAUGAUCCAGACCACGGAGCAGUACCAGUUCCUGCAUCACACACUGGCCCUGUAUGCGGCCCAGCUGCCAGAGGAGCCCUGCCCCUGAGCCCUGGCGCCUUCCACCAGCCCCAGGUGCCAAAGUCCCCCAGGCCUGGGCAGGUGAGUCUGGGAAAGUGGGCCUUGUGAUCUGAGAGACCCCUUGGAUGGGCCUGGAGAAGGGGUGCCCCUCAGGGGGCACAGGCAGUCACCGGAAGCUGCAUCAGCAAGGACUGGGACCAGACUCUGGGUCUUUACCACUGGCCAUUCUUCUGCUUCCUCUAGUAGCCCCAAACGGACACUUGGGGGACCUCCCGUGUCUCUCUGACCUUCGAGCUAGGAGCCGGCAUUUAGGACAGAGCUGAGAAAGGAGCCCAGGAGUCCUGUCUUACCCAAAGUGCUCUGUGAGCUUCAUCUCUCCAUCUAGGACAGGGACAUUAGGUGCUUUGCUGCCAUAGGGAAAAGUAAUCAGAGAAGUUCCCAGAAGCCUCUCCAGCUGUAUCUCCUUCCUGGGGCUGGCAAGACAGUGAUCCCAAGAUCUUCUGCCUGGGGCCUGCCCCAAAACAGCCAGAGCUGGGAAAAAUCUGGUCCUGACCACGGCCAAGUUCUCAACAUCCCAGCAGUGACUCUGCUUCCUGACCCCACAUCCGUGAGGGCCGGAUACCCCGCCGAAGAGAACAAGGACCCAGACUACCCCUGUGCCCACACUUGAGUCCCGGGAUCAGGCUACAGAGGUGACCUGGCCAAGCAUUUGAAACCUCUGGAAGAGGGAAAGUAUGGGGACCCCUCAGCGGUCCAGAGGGCUACCCUUACCUCUAUAAUUUCCAGCCACUCACCCCAGCUACUCCCUAGGGAGGCCCAGCAUCCUCUGUCUUCUCCUUCCAUGACCUCGGAGGAUCCCUGGGUAGAAGGAAGUACAAAAGAACAAGGAGUGAGGGAAAAACAAAGAGCUUGGCCUGAUUUUAGAAAACCAGUCCCCCGGCCCCCACCCCCUGCAUUUGCAGAAGGCACCUGGACAGCCUGGCUGCUUCCACGAACAAUUGGGUGAACGCAUUCCAUGCAGACCUGGGGCCUCAGACUAAACUGGGGUCCCUCAUAGUCUAUCCCAGAGAACAGACUCCCUUCAUCAUCUCAGUAUCAACACAAUUUCCAGGGCACCCAAGAUCUAUCUCAGGGCUCACCUACACACCUCCGGGAAGACAUCUAAAUCCUUCGUCCUUGAAACCAAGAUGGGCUGCCUGUGGCGAUGAAGGAAGGCAUCAUCUCUCCAGGCACCCAGCCCCUGGGGUCUGCUUUGGCUGAUGCCAGUUCUCUGCGGAAUCCCCCAAGGAGCUGGGUCCUGGAGAACAGCUGAGCCUCCUCAUUCAUGACAUCUCUUCGGAAGAACCCACAAUGUUGAAACCUAAGUGAAUUUUCUUAAUGCUUCUGCUUGGUCUCACAAUGGAAUUCCUCCUUCCUUACAGCCCUGGGAGUGGGCUCACCUGCAGCAGCACCUUGCCUAACCCCUAUGGGAGGCACUCACAGCUUGUGACCGGGAAGCUGGGCAAAGAGUUCUCAAGCGCCUGAUCCUGCCCUAGCUCACACCCAGCUGGGAGGAAAGCAACUGCAUGAGCAUGGGCCCAGAGGCUCCCCUCCCUGGCACUGUUGCCCCAACCCUGUUCUAGAACUUAGAGAGUAUAAGCUCUGGAAAAGGAACCAAGUGGGAGAAUAAAGGCUUUUUGGAUGACA